AAUUAUGACAGUAACAUUUAUCAGUUGGUAAAAUAAAUCGUAAUUGUGUGCACGUGUCAAUGUUAAAAAUGGUGCAAAUCGUCAAAUUAUGCAACGAUAUUAAUUAUUUAUUUUAAUCGAGUUAAAAUUUUAAUUAUUAUAUUUUAAUAAAUCAUUUAAGUGUCGGUAUGUCUAUAUAAGUAAAAUAUCGAUAUAGUAUUAGUUAAAAACCAGUAAAAAUGACUUUGUGCAAGUCAAUAGGGGAUAUUUUAAAAUUGAAUCGCAAUUUAUCACACAAACAUUUAAGUAGCAACUUUGUUUUAUUGGCAAGGAAGUUUUCUACCCGUGAACUUUUGAAAGAAGCAUAUUGUCGUACGAAACUGAAAUGUAGAUCAAAGAAGCUUCCUCAAGAUGUCAACCCACAGGGAGUGUUUGCUUGUAAUGAGCUAGAUCUCUCAGAAGUCAAAGUGUAUGGCUUUGAUUAUGAUUACACAUUGGCACAUUACAAACCUACCUUGGAACAUUUAUUGUACAACCUGGGUAGGGACAUGUUACUGGAUAAAUAUAACUAUCCUCCAGAAAUCGCAAAAUUGGAAUACAAACCAGAUUUUGCAGUACGAGGCUUGCACUAUGACAUUGAAAAAGGUUUGCUAUUGAAGUUGGACUCAUUCCUUCAAAUCCAGUUUGGUGCCAUCUACAGAGGACUAACACCUGUAUCAAAUGAGGAAAUUCUUAAAAUAUACAGGAAUAGAAUAAUACCCAUUGCAUAUGUUGAGGGUGAUACGAGAGCACAUAAAGCAAACCGAGCGAAAAUGGUCCACCUCGCCGAUUUAUUCUCAGUUCCAGAAAUGGGGUUACUGUGUAAUGUAGCUGAAUUUUUUAUUAGAAAUCAUAUAGACUAUCACCCUGAAAUUUUGUUUUUAGAUGUAAAGAACUCAGUACAAAGCUGCCAUCCAGUCAUGCACAAGAUUGUAGCACAAAAUUUGGAAGAAUACAUAAGACCAAAUGUCGAUUUGAGAAAAUAUUUUCAACUUUUGCAAGAAACCGAUAAAAAGUUGUUCUUGGUCACAAAUAGCCCAUACCAUUUUGUUAACGCGGGUAUGGAGAUGUUGGUGGGAUGCGAUUGGCGGGACUUCUUCGACGUGGUGAUCGUGAACGCGAACAAGCCGAAGUUCUUCACGGAGGUCUCGCGGCCGAUCCGAGUGUUCGACAAAACCGCUAACACGCACAUCUGGGAGAAAGUUACCUCCUUAGAGAAGGGCACUAUUUAUUAUGAGGGCACGGUUAAGCAACUGCAGGACCUAACGGGUUGGAGUGGACAUCAAGUGCUGUACUUCGGAGACCACCCCUACAGCGAUCUUGCGGACGUGACGCUCGAGCACGGCUGGCGGACAGGAGCCAUCAUCAAUGAGCUUACGCACGAGAUUAAUACUUUGAACACACCGUCGUUCAAGGAAAACGCGAAUUGGCUGCAAAUGCUGACCCAACUUAUAGAGGACCAUCAGGAUUAUAAGGAGCCAGAGGCAAUGGAGGUCAUAUCUGAUUGGAUGGCAGAACGGGACUACCUCAGAAACGCUACAAAAGCAGUGUUCAACCCGCAGUUUGGUAGCGUAUUUAGAACAUAUCACAACCCUACAUACUUUUCGCGUCGGCUGUUCCGAUUCGCCGACAUCUACACAUCGAAUAUAAGGAAUCUGUUGAAUUAUUCGCUUACACACACGUUCUACCCGCGGCGCGGUGUUAUGCCACACGAAUAUGGUUCUUAUUUCGUUUGAAUAAGAGUUCUAGGUAAGUUAUGUUAUAGUUUUAUGUGCAUCUAUGCUUUAUACAUUUUGGAGGUUUAUUAUUGUUAUUGUAUAAACGUUUUAAUUAAGGAUAAAGAUUUUUGUAGAUAAAUAAUUAGAGCACUUGUGCACUAGUACGAUCCGAAUCUGAGAAAAGCGGUCUAAUUUGGAAGGGAUAUGGCAGUUUUAUUAAAUCCAUAUCGUUUUCUACGCGGCAUCGUACCGGAACGCUAAAUUGCUAGCCACGGCUAUAAUAGAUAAUAGAGUAGUAACUAGCCACGGCCGAAGCCCCACACUAAACCAAACUAGAGAAAAAUUAUAAAUUCUCGAUUUGCUCCUGUCGUGAAUCGAACCCAGAACCUCCCGCUUAUGGAACCACAACUUUCACCACUGCAAAAGGGGAGAUGUUAAACUAUGGCUAUUCCAAACCGUAUUUUCUCGGAUUUAGUCCGGAUUAGUGCACAAGCGAUCUUAUACUUUUAAUCAGAUGUUAGCCUAGGCACGUUAUGAUUACAAUCGGAUAAGACAAUUAUUUCGAAUUUUUUUAUAUAUUGCUGAACGAUUUCUUUCUAUACGCGCCUAGGCAUAUUUUUGAUAUUUUUACUCUGUUAUACUCAUAAGUUUAGUGUUACAUUUAGUUUUUUUACUGUUCUAAGAGCGUUAAUAAAUAUGCAUUUUUAGAUUAUAUUAUACACUCCAAUCUUGAAAUCAAAUCAAAUUUGAAAGAUCUAUAUUAUGUGAGCUAUAUUUUUUCAAACAAACUCGUGCAAAAACACCAUUUGUAUACCUAGUUAACAAUUGAGAAGAGUUUUAUAAUGUUGGUUUUUAUAGCUAAGAUCUUGUUCUUUAUUGGUUAUCAUGUUUUUUGUUGGUAAUAUGAAUUGUCAAUUAUUUUUAAGUAAAAAAAAAAAAUUAUAAAUAAUGAAAUAGAAUUGGUUAGUAGAAAAACUGAGCCCCUGUAUACUUUUAUAAGCACAACAGUUAGUUUAAGUCUACAAGUAUUCAAUUUCUAAGAUUCUAGUCAAGUGUAUUUAUUGAAAGACUAUACUUUCGUGGCGAUUUAUACAAGAGUGGAUCUAUUUUACCCGACUACGGCAAAGCCAAAAGGAAGGGUUAUGAUUUUAGCAGUCUAUGUAUGUACGUAUGAAUAUAUCAAGAUUCUGUGUGUUCCAUCGUAGCGCUCAGUGGGGCGCUUAGUCGGCACAAAAAUAACUGUUGUAUUUUUGUAUGGCGCGUCAUAUCUUGCGUACUAUAUAAAAAGUAUUAUUAAAGCAUAAUCUAUGCUUUACCUGCAUUCGAAUGGAAUGGAAUUAGGAAAUCAAAUGAACGAUAUCGAAUACGCUACGGAUAACCUCUAUUGAACUUAUAACUAUAGUUCAAACAACUCGGGAUAUUUUUUUAAGACCUGUAUACUAUGUAUAUCGUGGCAUAUCCUGUAUACUUCAAAUGAUUUUUAUAAUAUAGAAGUUAAUGCCUUGAUCUUGCCUUUGCAAAAUAUAUUUUGUAGUGGUCUUUGAUUUAAUGUAGUUACUCGUAGUUAGGUAAUAAAUAGAUUUCAUUUUUAGAUAACUUAUUUUCUAUGCCUAUACAUUUGUCUAUUAGUAGGUAGAUCGAUAUAUUGUAAGUAUUUAUUUGCCGCCCAUAUCUUAAAAUGAGUUACCUACCUGAAAAACGAAUGUAUUACGAUAACCUCUAGUAAAAAACUCAAGUGCAAGUAUUUUUUAUUAUCAAAAUAUGCUUAUAUAAGUAAACUGUUGUGUAACUUUAGAUAACCUUACAAUCUGUACUGUGCCAUCUUGCUAGACAAUAAACAAUUUCCAAAUAA